AUGUUGGGUCGCGGCGUGAAGCGAAAGCGGAGCCGUGUGGAGCUGCCGGCCAUGGCCGGCGAUGAGAAGCGACGGCGCGAGGACGCCGCAGAGUCGUCAUGGGCCGGCGACGUGCGUCAGCGCGUGCUGGGCCUCGGACUGGAGAAGCUGCGUAGCUCCCGGAGCGGUGCCGAGCUCAGCCUGCGCCGCUCUGUGCUACUCAUCAACACACUGCGCCUGAUCCGCCACGACAUGCGGGACGAGAACCCGCGUGGGCCGCCUGACUCGCCUCUUCUGAGCAACGACCUCACGUGUCGAGGUUGCGAAGAGGCUGGCCCGGAAAGUGCGGCCAGACCGGAAACCUUGGUGCAGGAGGCCUUUUUCGGGGCCUUUAGCGACGCGGUCAACGCCGUGAGUUACCUGGCCGACCUGGCGCCGGACGACAUUUUCGAGGACAUCGACACGUCCAUGUACGAAAGCUCGGACUUUUCCGCGGGGUGGACCCUCUGGCCCUUGGGCAUGUCCGUCUGGGCGGACCAGGAUGAAAAAAGCCCCGCUUCGGGUCGCCAGUCCUGUGCGAUGGACAUGAACGAGCUGGACCACAUCAUGGAGAUCUUGGUCAAGUCCUGA